AUGUGAUUGAUCUUCCUUGCUGUUAUUGUGGUGAUUGCACAACAUAAAAAGUGAUGGUGGGUAACAUGGUUGUUGGUUGUUUCAGACAAGAAAGAAAGAUAAAAGUUUCCAAAGCUUCUUUUUUCAUCACAACUGUUCUUCCUUACUCAUGAUAUAUAUAAAUCUCACUCUCUCUUACCAAUCUAUUCCCUAUAUUCACGCCGCACUCACACUCUCUUCCCUUUCCAAAAGCCAAAACAAAAAUCAUCACAAAACCAAACCAUUGCUUCUCUUUCUCUUUGCUUUGUCUCAAACACAGAAAAAAAAAUGAGUGAGUUAUCUUUCUCUAACACUUCCAACAAGACCAAUGAACUCUCAUGUAACAUCUUAUCCAUCUUGUUCCAUUUUUGUUUCUCUAUAUUUUCACACCCUUUGUACUUCUUUUACUUUCUAUUCUUCUCUCCAUAUAUCCUUAAACUUCUCUCUUUUCUUUCACCUUUGUUCAUCACUACUACCCUUCUUAUUCUUGUGGCUCUUCUUACUUUCACUCCUAGCUUUGUUCAUCAAAAGGGUGGUAGCAAAAGUUGUAGUUCUGAGAUUUCUUUGUCCAAAUUGUGUUUUUUUCUUUCUAUUUUGCAGAAUUUUCUAACAUGGUUUGAAUCUGAUGACAAGGAUGAGGAAAUUGGUUUGCUUAAUGAGUUGGAAGCUUAUUUAGUUAUGUUCCAAGCUUCAAUCUUUGAAGUUGAUGAACCGAAAUCGGAAUCGGAGGAAGAUUUUAUCUUUGAAGAAGUAGAUGAAGAGUUUUCAGUUGAAGCAGGUGAUGUUUUAGAGUUUUCAGUUGAAGCAAGUGAGGUUUUGAAUAUAAUUGAAGAAGAGAAAAAGGUGAAGUUGGAUGAAGAAAAGUUGGAUGAGAAAGUGGAAAAAGUUGUUGAAUCUAGUAAGGAAGAAAAGGUGUUAGAUGUGAAGAGUUUAGUGACAUUGUUUCAAGAAUAUGCUGAGUUAGAAAAUGUGUCUAGUGAAAAGGAAGAAAAAGAAGUAGUCAAGCCUAUGUUGGAUACUAAGUUCAAUAAAGUUGAAGAAAGUAAAGAAAAAUGGAACAUGAGAAGUGGAUCCAAAGUGAAGGGUAAUAGGGACAUGUAUGAAAGUAAAGUGAAAAGUGGUAAAAGUGAUGAAGAACAUGCUUUUGGUGAAGCAUUGAAGGUGAGAAAAUCUCAUAGAGUGGAUGCAAAUUAUGGUAGUCCACAAAGUAAUUGGGAGUAUAGUGGAAAAGUGGUUGGGAAUAAUGAUGAAGUUGGUUCUAAUCUUGGAAGUUUUGGUUCAAUGAGAGUGGAAAAAGAGUGGAGGAGGACAUUGGCUUGUAAGCUUUUUGAGGAAAGACACAACAAUGGUGAUGGAAGUGAAGGAAUGGAUAUGCUUUGGGAAACAUAUGAGAAGGAAUCAAACAAGGUUAUGAAGAAAAGUGAGACAAAGAAAGGGAAGAAAUUGAGUGAAGUUGAGUAUAAUGAGGAAGAGGAAGAGGAAGAAGAGGUAGGGGCUAAGUUAUGUUGUUUACAAGCUUUGAAAUUUUCAACAGGGAAGAUGAAUUUGGGAAUGGGAAGGCCUAACCUUGUUAAAUUUUCUAAAGCUUUGAAAGGUAUGGGAUGGUUGCAUAAUGUAGGCAAGAAUGGAAAGAAGAAUAACACCACUAAAUAAUUUUGUGUUUUGUAACUUUUGAUUAGAGUUAGAAGUUGUGUAUUUGUUUGAUGAUCAAUGAGAAGUAAAUAUUUUGUAUGUCGAUUAUAUAACGAUGUUUCAGAUGAGAUGUUUCGCAUAAUA